CAAACAAUUCGGUUUAUUUAUAAUGUUUUAUACAAAAAAUUUCAAUUUUCAAAAUAUUUUAAUUUUAUUUAAGAAAAAGAUAUUAGUACGGCAACAAUGAAAUUGUGUACAUCAAAAAUUUAAAGUUGUUGUCGAAACAAAUAAACAUCGUAGGAGACUGCUAGGACAGAUAAUAUAGCACUGCGCAUAACUUUUAUUUGAUUUAAUUAUGGAUUUCGAUGAAGCUUUAAUAGAAAAAGUGCGUCAUCGCCCACUUUUAUAUGAUCUUUGGCAUGGGGAUUAUAAAAAUUUGAGAAAGAAGGAUCAUGCGUGGAAGGAAGUCGCAGUGUGCAUAAAACUGAGUGAACUGGAGUGCAAGAAAAGAUGGAAGAGCCUUCGUGAUUGUUACAAGAGAUGCAGGCGAAUGGAGCAGGUCCCUUCUGGAAGUGGUGCUGAGGUUAAUAGAAAAAAAUGGAAAUACUUGGAUGCGAUGUCGUUUUUGGAGAGUGCAACAACUUCCAGGCGAACUAUUAGCAAUGUCAGCUAUGAAAUGGAAUAUCUCGAGGAUAGUGACAUCGUUAUUAUUGACGACUCCCAGGAUAAUUCAGUACAAGAAACAAGAAAUACAGAUUCUGAUGUAAAUAGACGAAAGAAAAAGGACUGCGCAAAAUUUGAACAAUUUCUAGACAUGGCAGAAAGAAGCAUUACCGAAUCUUGUGCUAGAUUUGUUGAAAGUAAUAGGAAGCAAAACUCCACCACCCUGCACUUUUCGUCAUUGGCCGCAAAAAUGGUUGAAUCAGGUCUUCCACAAAACGUAAUAAAUGAAAUUGAAGAAAAGGUUUCAAAUUUAGUGUGUUGGUGAAAUUAAACAAUUUUAUUCCACCAACACACUAUAAGUGUUUUGUUCUUAAGUAAAUCUUUAUAGAAUGAAGUACCUUUUUUUUAUAAAAUGUAUAUAUGUAAAUAUCUUUUUUAGUUUUUAAGUAAAUCUUUAUAGA